GUUCUUCAAAAGGAGGUUAAUUUAUAACCUUUUGCGGGAAAUCUUCUACCAAUCUAACACGCAAAUAAGCAGUUUCCAGAUGAAAAGUUGAUGUACCGAAGGCAGAUUGGUCAGCCAGUGAAACAUAUUCUGUGCGUAUUGAGAAUAAAUGGAACUCUAGCCGGAUACGGGACAUAUACUAUACUACUAACCUCCUUUCCUGUCUAUAUGGAAGUGACUGUACAGUAGUUGUAAUAGUUGCCAAUUGAGCAGCAUAAUGGAACUCAAAUCAGACACUGGCAAUGUACUGACAUGAUCCAAAGUGUCUAGGUGACAUUGACUGCUUGGAAUAGUAGUCUAGUGAGUAGUGGUACCAGAACUAAAUCAAGACACUAGACAUGUUCGGACCUCCAUCAUGUCUUGGUGGAAGUGACUUAAGUUGGAAUAGUUGUCAAGUGAGCAGCAGGAAUUGAACUUAAGUCAGCCACUGGGCCUGUACUGACCUCCAACGUGUUGAGGUGGAAGUGACUGCGGCUGGGAUAGUUGUCAAGUCAAUAAUUACAAGCCAAGAAUUGUCAGCCAGUGCAGUAAAGUGACUCCAAUUAAUGAGCUGACUGACAUGCAGCCCACAGACCUACAGGGACUGUCAGUGGAGCUCGAAACUGUUCUGGGAGAAAUCAAAAGCCUUCAGAUCAGUCAGGAGCUCAGUGUUCAGGCAUUGCUAAGAACAUAUAAGGAACAUGGGGCAGUAAUGAUAGAACAAAUGCGUGGCAAUUUAAAUUUUAAUAUAGAUGAUAUAGAUGAGUGUGGUAAUAGUUAUGUGCGUACAUCGGGCGGACAUGAGCAAUAUUUAAAAGAAGAGAUGUGUAGGAGUGUUCUUUUUAUCUUGAAUGAAUUUGAUAAUAUUACUGUGAAGGAACUAAACGAGAUGAAAGAUGAAGUUAUAAGCAUAAAAGGGUCAAUUACAAGUUCUAUUCAUAAAUGCACCAGUCUUCACAAUGACUUGUCACAUUUCCAUGAAUUUGUUCAGAAAAUUGGAGAUAAUAAGGAGCUCUGCCUUAUAGCCAGCAUAAAAUGUAAGCAUAUAAUACAGCAGGCAUUAACUCUGCUAGGAAAGUCAGGCAAGAAGUUUAAUGUCCAGAGUAUUACUAAGCACAAUGUGAGAAUACCAACGGAUUCAGAUAAAUGUUGGAUCAGAGGCAUAUGUGUUCUUCCCGAUGGGCAGGUACUGGUUGGAGACUGGAAAAAUAAGAAAAAUAAGAAUGUCAAGCUGCUGAACCAGCAGUACCAGGUGGUGAGUCACUUGGAUGUUAAUGCUGGGCCAGAUGAUAUUUGUUUGAUCACACCCAGUGAGGUUGCAGUGACUGUGAAUACUAGCAACAUGCAUGAGGUCCAGUUUAUCACUGUCAACCAGGGGAAGCUUGUUCCUGGCAGGAAGUUUCAGUUACAACAUGAAUGUGUAGGUAUUGCGCAUCACCAAGGAGACCUUUUUGUCACCUCUUGUAAUGAACUGUACAAAUAUACGCUGAAUGGCAAACUGAUCUGCAGACUCUACCAAGAUAGAUCAGCUGAUUGGACAGGCCAGGUGCUGGUCUGUGGAUGGUGGUCCUCCACUGUACUACAGGUGGGCUGGGAGGGGAAGAGUAAGCUGGCUAAUCUUGCUACUUGGGGAGAUGGAGUGAGGUGGCCACGCUCCUCCCACUGGACCUCUGGCCACAAAGGGUCAGCAUCGUUACACAAGUCUGUUCUGCAAUAA